GGCAGGUCGGCCGCCCUAAGAUGGCGACUCCCAUGCACCGGCUGAUAGCACGGAGACAAGCUGAAGCAAAUAAGCAACAUGUUAGAUGUCAGAAAUGCUUGGAAUUUGGACAUUGGACUUAUGAAUGCACAGGAAAAAGAAAAUACCUCCAUAGGCCUUCAAGAACAGCAGAACUAAAGAAAGCUUUAAAAGAAAAAGAAAAAUUAUUAUUACAACAAAGCAUGUCUAUCAGCACUGGAGAGACCAAUGUAGAAAAAAAGACCAAGAAAAAAAGGUCGAAGAGUGUAACUAGUUCCAGUAGCAAUAGCAGUGACAGUUCAGCCAGUGAUUCUUCAUCAGAGAGUGAAGAAACAUCUACCUCAUCUUCCUCAGAGGACAGUGACACCGAUGAGAGCUCCUCUAGUUCUUCAUCUUCAGCUUCCUCCACAACCUCUUCCUCCUCCUCUGAUUCAGACUCAGACUCCAGCUCUUCCAGUAGUAGCAGCACCAGCACAGAUAGCAGCUCUGAAGAUGAGCCACCAAAGAAGAAAAAAAAAUAAUGGCUCUAUCCAUAUUGGACUCAUGGACCGGAAAUAUCAAUGUGAUUCUCAGAAGAGAACUUAGACAAUGUUAAAGCCAAAUAGGUUAACUGGUCAAACUUUCUAGAGUUCAAAAAUCUCAGUGGCUACAGAGGCUGAGGCAGGAGGAUUGCAGGUUCAAAGCCAGCCUCAGCAACUAAAUGAGACCCUAAGCAAUUUAGCA